AUGAGGCUGCUCCAAGCCCUGCCGGGGCAGGACACAGCGCGGAGGCAGCGCAGCUCCUCGGGCUCUCCAGUGCCUCUGGAUCCCUCCCAGUGGGGCUUCCCAACAGCCUGCACACCUCGCCUGCCCCUGGCAGCCCUCAGGUAUGUCCUCUCCACUGGACCCUGGCUCCUGGUCCCUGCAGGGCCACUCAGGUGCAAACAGGUGUCAUUUCAGGAGGGAAUUUCCUUGUGCCACCAGACAGUGCAGUGCAGACCCCAUUCCAUCCUGCCUCUUACCAGCAGGAGUUCCUCGUGGCUGUAUGGCCUCGUGUGCUGCUGGGACUGGGAGGCACAAGUUGGGUCUCACCAAACAUGUCACUUCUUUGUCCUUUUAGGUGGAUCCCACACCUUUCCUGGGACUGAGACUGAGCCAGCAGCAGAGCUGGUUUUCCCUUGUGCACCAUUCUGGUACCUCCAGAAAUCCCUUUGCAUGCUCCAGAAGGUUUGGGUAUCCUCACCAGGGAGCUGGGCUUUACAGGAGUCCAACAGUCACCGCCAGGGCAAGAAAAGGUGCUGGAAAUGUAGAUUUGUCAGGACUAUAAUCCAGCACCCAUGUCGGAGGCAUGCCCCCAAACGCUCCAGGAAAGAAAGAAUGUUGAGGAAAAUCCAGAUAUGCCUCUGUUUCUGCUUUGUCUCGGGCAUUUUGUACGAGAUCUCCCUCUUGUCCAACUGUGUCUUCUCGUACUUGCCCAUGGCCCAGCACUACCUGACACCUGAGCAGGUGCUGAACCUUGGCAAAAGCAUCAUUUUCCUGGAGACGACGGAGCGCCUGGAGCCGCCCCCGCUGGUGUCGUGCUCCGUGGAAUCCGCUGCCCGGAUUUACCAGGACAGGCCCAUCAUCCUCUUCAUGAGGGGACUCACCAACGAGACAGCCCUGGACAUGAACACCAGCUAUGCAGCCUUCUCCCUCUUGUCUUCCAUGAAGAAUGUCUUCCUUUUCCCUCUCCAGAUGGAAACUGUCUUCCAGGAGACCCCUCUGCUCCAGUGGUACAACCAGGUGGUCCCGGAGAAGGAGAAGAACUGGGUGCACGUCAGCUCGGACGCCAGCAGACUGGCGCUCAUCUGGAAGUACGGGGGCAUCUACAUGGACACGGAUGUCAUCUCCAUCCGGCCCAUCCCCCAGCAGAGCUUCCUGGCCGCCCAGAAGUCACGCUUCUCCAGCAACGGGAUCUUUGGCUUCCCGGCCCGCCACAAGUUCAUCUGGGACUGCAUGGAGAACUUCGUUCUCAAGUACAACGGCAAAAUCUGGGGCAACCAGGGCCCCUUUUUGAUGACCAGGAUGCUCAAGACACUCUGCAACCUGACAGAUUUCCAAGGCAUCGAGGACCACAGCUGCCAGAACAUCUCCUUCCUCAACCCCCAGCGUUUCUACCCCAUCCCAUACCCAGCCUGGAGCCGGUACUACCAGGUGUGGGAUAAAAGCCCCAAUUUCAACCACUCCUACGCGCUGCACCUGUGGAACUUCAUGAACCGCAACCGCAAGGUCGUGGUGGCCGGCAGCAACACCCUGGCUGAGAAACUCUACAAAACCUAUUGCCCCAGCACCUACGAGGACCUGAUCCAGAAUGCCAAGCACAGGGAUCUCCCCGGCCCUGAGGAGGUUGAGUGA